AUGGCAGACAUUAGUGAGGAAGAACUUGAAAAAGAAAUUGCAAAAAUAUUGAAAAAUGCAAACUUGGCAACAACCUCCACCAAGAAGGUCAUUCAGAAACUGGAGAAGAGCUUUGGGACAGAUCUAUCUGAUAAGAAGAAAGUCAUUGACCAGCUUGUAAUGGAAUAUGUGAACAGCAAGGGUUCUGACUCCGAAAAUGAUGAUGACGAAGAGGAAGAAGAAGAAGAGAAGAAGCCGGUGAAGAGAGCUGCACCUGCCUCAAAGACCUCUGCUAAGAAAUCUCGCAAGGAUAGCAGCGAGGAAGAGGAAGAUGAUGACAAAGGCUCGGAUGAGAGUGAAUCUGAGGAGGAACAGAAGAAAAAGCCGGCUGCCAAGAAGGGUAAAAAGAAGAAGGGCUCCGAUGGAGAUUCGGACAGUGAUUGGGGAAAGAAGAAAGAAAAAGCACCUAAAGCUAGAAAGGGUGGCGGAGGCGGUCGGGGCAAGGGCGGCUACACGCGCGCCUACAAGCUGUCUCCAGCUCUGGCCGAGCUGAUGGGCCAGGAGGAGAUGCCCCGCCACGAGGUGGUGAAGCGCGUGUGGGCGCUGGUCAAGGAGAGGAAACUGUACGACCCCAACAACAAGCAGUUCGCCAUCUGCGACGACGCCAUGUACAAGGUGUUCGGCACGAAACGCUUCCGCAUAUUCGGUAUGAUGAAGCACCUAAAGUCCCACUUCUGCGAC